AUGGAAGCUUCCUUCUCGCGCUUCACCGGCUCCUCCCCGGUGUUUGGAUUGUUGAUCCUUGGGCUUGCUCUAUUUGCAUGGGCGUUGUUUUCGACUGUUCAGAACUUCUACCGCCUCCGACAUAUUCCCGGGCCCUUUGUGAGCAAGUUCAGCAGUUUCUGGAUCACUUGGAAAUUCAACCGCCGGUCUGAGAAUUUUCUUGAUCUCUGCUGCCGACUCGACAGAGAAUAUGGGCCCAUUGUCCGAUGGGCGCCAAACAAUGUGCUGUUCAGUGAUCCCUCGGUCAUUCCUGUGAUCUACGGUACGCACAAUAUUUGGAAGAAGGCGGUAUCUUACGAGCCUGCAAUUCCAGUGGUCAAUGGGGUACUUCAAGAUUCUCUCACCACCACGCGGAACGAGGCGCAAGUUUCGGCAAUCAAGAGACACAUCAACGCUGCAUUUACUCCCCGGGCGAUCAGGGUCUAUGAGGCACAUGUGAGCGAAGCCAUCAAUCUCCUCAGUUCACGUCUUCGGUCUCAGACGCCUAACGUCGACCUCGUCCGGUGGAUCAAGCUCUUUGCUUUCGAAACAAUCUGCCGAAUAGCCUUCAGCGAUGUCGAUCUGACCGAACAAGAAGUUGAAACCAUACUCACCGGCGCCAGAGAGCGCUUUGGUCAUUGGUUCCGAUGGUAUGCCAGUCCCGGCCUCGAGAGGCUAGUCUACAAAAAUGCUUUUGUUCGAGGCAGAAGAGGCACCAGCCUCCUUGGUCAACAAGCUUUGAAAAGGAUCAAUGAGCGAAAUUCCAAGGGUGACUCCGAAGGGAAGUCCGAUCUUCUGCAAUGGUACCUUGAAAGCCACGCAAAGUCCCCUGAACUUAUCGAGAGAGGCACCGUCGUGGGGUUGGUCAUGUCAACAAUCAAUGCCGGUGCCGAGACCACAGCAUCCACCAUGGUGGAGGUGCUCUGGCUCCUGUUGAAAAAUCCACCGUGUCUGGCCACGCUGCGAGAAGAGUUGAAAGCAGCCGGACUCGCCUCUCCUCCGACACUCGAGUCGGUGAAUAGACUUCCAUAUCUUGAAGUGGUCAUCAAAGAGACCAUGAGGCUGAACCCGGUCAAUCAGGCUCCAUUGGAGCGAGAAGUUCCUCCAGGCGGUGCGCACAUUGCGGGCGUCUACCUCCCCGGCGGAACAUCUGUCGCCUUGAAUUUUUCCGCCCUCAGAUUUCGCGAAGAUGUCUGGGGAUCGAAGCCUGAAGAGUUCCGGCCGGAACGAUGGACGGAAGCCGACCCCGCUCAAAGGGCGAGAAUGGAACGAGCGUUCUACGGCUUCGGCCACGGAAAACGAAUGUGCAUUGGCCAACACAUUGCCUGGAUAGAAAUGAAGAAAGUGAUACCGGAAUUGUUGCUGAAUUACGACGUAAGCCUCGGCGUGGCCUAUAUAUGA